AUGGCAUCAGAACUGGCAAUGAGCAGCUCCGACCUGCCCACCAGUCCCCUGGCCAUGGAAUAUGUUAAUGACUUCGAUCUGAUGAAGUUUGAAGUGAAAAAGGAGCCGGUGGAGACCGAUCGCAUUAUCAGCCAGUGCGGCCGCUUGAUCGCCGGGGGAUCGCUCUCUUCCACCCCGAUGAGCACGCCCUGCAGCUCGGUGCCCCCGUCCCCCAGCUUCUCGGCGCCCAGCCCCGGCUCCGGCACCGACCAGAAGACCCACCUGGAAGACUACUACUGGAUGACGGGCUACCCGCAGCAGCUCAACCCGGAGGCGCUGGGCUUCAGCCCCGAGGACGCGGUGGAGGCGCUGAUCAACAGCAGCCACCACCCGCUGCCCGGCGCCUUCGAUGGCUAUGCUAGAGGGCAGCAGCUGGCCGCGGCGGCCGGCGCCGGCGGCUCCGUGCCGGCCGAGGAGAUGGGCUCGGCGGCCGCCGUGGUGUCGGCGGUGAUCGCCGCGGCGGCGGCGCAGGGCGGCGCGCCCCACUACCACCACCACCACCACCACCCGCACCACGGCGGCGGCGGCGGGCACCCCCACGCCGCGGCGCCGGGCAGCGCGCCGCCCUCCUCCGCCUCCUCGGCCGCCGGCUCCGGCGGCGGCGGCGGCGGCGGCGGCGGCGGCGCCGGGGGGCUGCACCACCCGCACCACGGCGGCAGCGGCGGCGGCGGCCUCCACUUCGACGACCGCUUCUCCGACGAGCAGCUGGUGACCAUGUCCGUGCGGGAACUCAACCGGCAGCUGCGGGGCGUCAGCAAGGAAGAGGUGAUCCGGCUGAAGCAGAAGAGGAGGACCCUCAAAAACAGGGGCUAUGCCCAGUCCUGCCGCUUCAAGAGGGUCCAGCAGCGGCACGUCCUGGAGUCGGAGAAGAACCAGCUGCUGCAGCAAGUGGAGCACCUAAAGCAGGAGAUCUCCAGGCUGGUCCGGGAGAGGGACGCCUACAAGGAAAAGUACGAGAAGCUGGUCAGCAAUGGCUUCAGAGAAAACGGAUCCAGCAGCGACAACCCUUCCUCUCCAGAGUUUUUCAUGUACCCGAGAGAAUCAUCUACAACGGUGAUGUGAAAAUCCCUGUUACCCGAGGUCAAAAAAAAAAAGAAAAUGGGAUGCUGGACUGAGGAUGGCUUAGGACAACCCUCCGGCGCGAAGACAGCUACAAAGCACAAAAUACAAAAAUGAACUUAGAAACAAACAAGAAACAAACAGCGUUUUCUUGGCAUCAACAAGAAGCUCUUUAUUUUUCUUCAAGUUUUCUUUUCUAAAAAAAAAAAAAAAAAAGGAACUAAGACAUUUCCAGAAAUGAGACAAAAACUCUUCAGGUGACUAUUCGAGCACGCAUGUUGUUUUAUUGAAUUUACAUUUAAAGGAAAAAAGAGAUUUGGAAUGGGAUACAGUGUCAGGAGAACUGAGAAACUGUGAACAAAAAAACAACAAAAAACUUUAAAACUGUGAACUGCGAAAUCAAUGGAAAUACCAUUUAAACCCCUGAUUACAGCCUGUGUGUUCUUAAGGAGACAACAUCAUCUUUGCUAACUCAACAGUAUUUAGGGAAUGGUUUACAACAUAUCUUUUAUUAUAACCUUUUAAGAAAAACCAGAAAUAUUGAGUUAUCUGUGACUUUACCAUUUCUGUUGAGAUGUCUUCUUGCACCUUCUUGUUCCAGACAGCGCAGACAGAUGGAUUUGCAGCCAGCAGUCAUGGGCAGGAAAGGUUUCUUUCCUUAAUAGUCUUUUUAUUUGCCACACCCAAUGAAAUCCUUGUAGGGAAAAAGAAUCAACACAACUACCAUCUCCUGAUCAAUACCUAAAGCCUAAUAGACAGUCAUUAUCAAAAUAAAGAGGAAAUCCCAUAUUGGGCUACGUACCUACCCAUUAAUCAAAACAGCAGCAAAUAUCUGCAGCAUUGCUUUUCUAAAAUAAGACAAAAGAUGCCUCCUUGGGUUACACUUUGAACAGGCUAUAAUCAAAAGAAAGAGAACCAAGACUAACUAAGCCCCAGGAAGCCGCAUUGUCCCUUUAACCCACGGUAUUCCCCAUUUCCCAUUAGUACUUAACAUUUUUCACUGUGUUGUGACUGCUAUUAUUUCAUUUAACACUGGUUAAUCUGUAUCGGAGGUAUACGGAAACCCUCUAGAUGAUAAGAUUGGACGGGAUCCAGCGCUGGCAGUUUUCGAGCGCACGCGCUCGGCGUGUUUUGAUCCUUGCAGGAGCUCCCUGUUAGCGGGACCGCCUGCCAAGCCGCUGGCGGACCAGGCUGUCGCUCAGCUCCCAGAGCGCGGCGGCGGCGGCUGGGCCCUGCGCGGCGGCCGAGGGCAGGCAGCGGCAGCAGUUGUUGAAGUACAGCCCGCCCAGCCCCUCCAGCUCCGCGGCCGUGGCGCAGUACACGGUGGUGGCAGCUCCUUGUUGCUGGAACGAGAAGAGAAGGAGAGAGAGAAAAAAAAUACGCUGUAUAAAUAUAUAUAAAUAGAUAUUUUAUCAUCAUAAUUUUAACUGUGGUCCUUUGACGCUGUGCAUCUUACGAAAGCAUCAGUGAAAAGCAUCCCAGCCGGCAGAGUAACUCGCCCGGUGACAAGGCUGAAACCCUGCCGAAGGUGCUGCCUGCGUGCCUGCUGGCCCCUUAUUUACAAAACAUCCUAGUGAGGGGUUUAUUUUCUUUUCCUUUCCUGUUUGCACAAAAGAAAGACACACUCCCGAACCUCAGUCCCUGUCUCGAGUCUUUUGCCCGUUUUCAAUAAAACCUUGUAUUGGCGGCAGGGAGAGUCUGGCCUGAUGCAAAGGGGCAAGGUCUACCCAGGCAGUGUUUGAAACCAGAAUAGUUAAGCUAGGUUUAGAAGCAGCACCUCAACAUUUCCCAGCUUCCCUUUGCACCGCAGUAAACGCCGCACCCCUUGGGCACCCGCUCCCUCGCCCCGACCAGCAGCGCAGGCUGACGCACAUACGCAUUGUUUGUUUGGGUUUUUAAACCUCUUGUACAAUAUUAACCCGGGCACUCCAAUUAAGACCUAUCAUGUAAAGUGCAAUCGGGACUGGUGCCAAACGAGCCCAUAUAUCUUUGAUCAACAGUUUCACUGUGCCAGUUGUCACUGCUGCCUUGUACGAAUGUUGAUCUGCUGCGGGCAGAGAGAGGUUCUGAUUUUGCAGAGACACAAGGCACUCCAGUGGGGUUUUUUUGUGUUCUGUAAGAACCAUUUCUCAUGGAGAAUUUCAACAGAGCAGGUAAAUUAGAGGCUUUUGUGGAUCAGGAGGUGGUGUUUUUCUUUCUCAUACUAAGUGAAUUUAUGUUCAAACAGUAAGAAUGAGUUUCUCUGAAUUUCUCUAACAGAAGACUGGAGACCGAGGCCACGGGGUUGGAACAAGCACCCUGCACCGGCGAUGGGCACAAGUGCAGUGCCAGAAGAGCUGGAAAGAGGGAAACAAGUUAGUUCACUUUGUAAACUAUAAUUAAAAAUAAUAGGUGAGAGUGCCUAGCAAGACACAACACUAAUUUAAAACCAAUACAGUUUAUCUGGCACCUUAUGAUUAUUUAUGUACAUCUUAGCUCUUUCUGUGGUAACUAAUUAUGAGCUGAUAGGAAUCAGAAUAAAGAGGCUGCCAACUAUGAUUGAAAAAGCAAACAAAGAGGAAUUAGACGUUGCCACAUUAGGGUAAUUUAAUGGGGAAACGGAAUAGGUUUAAACAUCUUGUGAGUUUCCUCUAGUCCUUUUUUUCCGGCCCUUCACUGUCGCAGCCAAGGGAAGCGGGGUGAUGAUAGGGGCUCAGCCUGCGAGGUCUCCACUUUGCGUUCGCAUCCUUCAGGUGCAGCAAGCAGUUUAAAAAUGCCCAAUUCUCCUUAAUUGAGGCGUCUCAAUUUUGUGACUGCAGGGAAAGGCACAUUUGUUUGCAAGACAUGCAUUUUUCACAGAAGAUGGGAUUAAACUGAUAAUGAUGACUCCACAGCUUAGAAAUGGUCUCCCAUCACAAGGUAAACCAAAAUUGGCUGUAUUAAGUAUUUUGAGAGGCAUAUAUUUAUCAACAGACCAAAAUAUUUUUAAAGUUAGUAUAAGACAUAGUAAUCCUCUUAUUAAACCAAUAUCUUUUUUACAAAAGAGAAAGUAUCUUAAAGGCGGUAGCAGAAAUGGAAGAGAGUUCUACUAAAAAUAAUAGUAAUAGAGAACAAUAAAAUUCCUGUGCUCUUUGAACUAUCCCAUAAAGCUCCACAGCACAGGUAUGAUCACUAUAUUCAGCUGUUUAGAAUGAUUCAAAGUCCCUGAAGAGUAUUAUUAGUUUUUUGCAAGCAAUUCGACUGGACUUUUAUUAGAAAGGUAAAAUUAAACUAAAUUGCUCAAUGCAGAGCGAGAGCCCUUAAGCUAUUGCUGAAAAGCAGCUGUUCAGCCAAGCUAAACUCAGGGUAGCUCUAAUAGAAUUCAGCUCAUUUAUAAAAUGGGAGUUUAUCAGAGCAGUUUAAAAUCCAACCCAAACAAUAAUUUAUCUUUUUAAAUGAGUCAAAUUUGAUGAGUUUUAAACAAAAUUCUCAGCAGGCAGAAAAACAUCCCACAAUAUAAUAGCAGUGCUUUAUACCUCGAACACUGACACAACCUGAACUCCAAAAGAAGAGAAUAGUUUUCCCUGUGUGAGCAUAGGAUAUUUACUCUAAGAGAUAAAAGAUUAUGUGGCUGGAAGCCCAAAGCACUUUAUCUUGCGAUGCCUCCAGUGUUUCAUGGAGAACUGGAUGUAAGCAAUGUGCCAUUUGCUUUUUGGCUGUGUAUAUCUUUACUUCUUUCUAAACGUUUCAAUUGUGUUGGCAGUUUUGGAAGAAGAAAGUUCAGUGGUUCUAUCAUUGAAAGAAAAGUACCUUCCUUAUGACUUAAGAGAAAUGCAGUUUAAUAUUUCAGAAUAACGGACAAACAUUAACUCAUGAAAUGCAGGAGCUUCCUUCAGACAGCAAAACUGCAAACCGGAAGGUAAAUCUCAGAUUCUCACAGACACGUAAGCAUCUGAUUUCCAUUGGUGAACGUGCGCUAGUUGCAUUCAGACAUCUGAGGCCCUGCCUAAGUGACUUACCCAAAUACAGAGGGGAACGGGUGUCAGAAUCGCGGGACCCAAGUCGCACUUUGCAUUGGCAGGACGUCUCCAGCCCACAGCGUGGCACCCAGGAGCCCCGCAUAUGCCAGAGAGCAGGAAGGUCCUCAAGAGACAAUUCUUCCUUUGCAUCUACGACUCAGACAGCACAAAGCUCCGGGACCAGCUAGAGCCGCAGAUAACUGCAAAGUGCCCCCGGCCAUGCCCAGCCCGGCUGAGAAACCACUCCGUUUCCCAGUAAAUAUUGUUUAUCCCUCAUGAACACCGACUUUAGAAUGACGUCUUUAUAUGUUGGGCCUUAUGACAGUUUAAUAACAAGUUUUAAUUUUUUGCUCAUCAGCUUUCCUGUUCACAUAUCAUCAGCAUACGACAGCAGAGGAUGUUAGGGAAUCUAAUUAGUAAACAAUUCCAUACUGCUGAUACAAGAUGAAACAUUCUUAAACCGAUAAAAAGAGCACUUUAAUCACUGUUGAAUGACUUUCAAUGCCAAGCGGUUUGUGCCAUGUCAGAACAUAAUUUGAAAAAGAUUAGAGCACUAUAUAAAAGAAUUAAUGUUAACAACUUCGUUAAAAACUGUCUUAAACAAUGAGCUUGUCAGUUGUCACAGACUCCCCCUGAUCUAUUGUGAUUAACGCCCCCCCACCCAACAAUUUCAACUGCUAAACAAUGCUAAAAGCGCCGGGCAACCUAAACAUUUUCUUCUAUAGGUCCGUCAGUUGUACAGGGCACUAAUCAGCGGAGCUGGGGGUCAGCCUGCCUUAACCUGCAAGAAAGGCAGCGGGUUGCACUGAUGAAUACACAGGAUAAAGAAUUUGUGAGAAGCCCAACCGAAUCUUUAAUCAUGCCUCAGUGCCAUUUCCGAUCCAGUCAAACGUUUGAGAGCUGCCAGGCAAGCACCGCGCCAUCAAUCUUUCUAGUGUACGUAAAAUUACCCAGGAAUCUUGUUUUGGAUUAAGUUGAAGAGUGUCUUAGUAAUAAGGGUUCAUCAUUCUCUUCCGCAAAUCAUUUGUCAGUUUUGUAAUACAAUCUUCAACUGCAGCGGGGUGGGAUUUAUACAGCAGUUGCUGUUUAUUUAUAGUUGAGGCUCACAGAUCUAAAUUACACAUCCUUCCAAAGUCCUUUGUUGAGAUGAAAAUACUAAGUAGCUAGUAGUUCCAUAGGCAUUUGUUUCCUAGCUGUCAAUUUGUAACUGAUAGCACUGAAUACAAAUUAAUAUAAAAUAUCUUAAUAGUCAAAGAAAAGGGGUUAUUGAUAUACAGUAUAAGGUAAACCCCUCAUUAGUAUAUGCAAUGCAUUCGUUAGUAUUCUAAGAUACCAUUUAUGUUCCUGAUAAGAAAACAUAUUACACAGUUAAUGUUUAGUUUUCAGAUUUGUUUAUUUUAAAAUGCAUGUUUAAUUUAUAAAAUUAGAUCCCUGUUCUGAAGCUGGUUUGCAUAGCAAGCAUAUUAAUAAUAGAAACAAUACCAUAACUUAUCUGUAUACUUAGCAACUACAAAUGACUAAGAUCACUCUGAACUCUGCUAAGGGCGUACAGAUAGUGGUAGACAUUGCCUGAGACGGGAUCAGCUGCUUUGAAAAGGAGAUUUUUGUUUUCUUAGGAAAAAUUAAGAAUAAAGGCCGGUUAUCGUGGUAGCCCGAGGUUAAGUUUAGCACAGUGCAUUUUGAAAGAUGGACAGUGGGAAGAGGUGAAUUCAAAAUGACGUGAGAGGUGAGUAUUUGUGACAAGGACCAGAUCCAAAGCAAGCAGCUCAAGUGAAAUAAAAAGCCAGUACUUCCUUGCAAGUCUUCAGGCUAUUCCUGUUAUUCACCUCAGGAUUAUUGGGCAAAGCCAACACAUCCCUAACAGAAAAUUAUCAGAUCCAUACUGAUCUUUAUACUCUUUAUAGCAGAACAACUGCAUGUGAGGAGGAGGUAGUAUAAACAUACUCCAGAUCAUGAAACCAGGGGGUUCUCCCAUACCUUCCUUGUGCUCUCUAAAGCACCCUGAAGCGCUGUUCAAAUCCACUCUACUAGAGAGAAAAGGCUCUUUACCAGCUACCUUCAGCAAUGGCCAUUUCCUGAUUUGAGGUGAAAUAGGAAAUCUCCCGGGAACAACAAACAAAAUGAUACGGAGCCCGUUUCCACAGCGAUCCAUUCCAAAUCGCCCAAGCCGAACUCCAAAGUUACAGCUGCCAUUUUAUAUUCCUUGAGCCCCAUCUUCACCUGGUGUAAACCAGCCCAGCUCCUUUGCCUUGUCUGAGGCACCACAGUUUUCGGUUGCUGAUGCUCGGGGCUGCUGCUCCAGACCACGGCUCGGCAGCCCAGCUUGUCUUCCCUCCUGGAAGAAAACUGCCCUCCAAAUGCAUUUGUUUCCGUUCUGGGAUUGCUAACAACCCCCAGCUGAGCUUGUGAUGCUGAGUUUUCUGAAAAUACACUUACUCCUUUCUCUGUAAUGUUAAAAUGUUUCAGCAGAUGAGCUGAAUCAUUAGUUUUUCCCAUCAAGCCCAAGUCUCUGCAAACAACGCAGAGCAUGAUGACCUCUUCUGAAAAACACUGGUAAGUCUAAAAUCCUCCUGUCUUCAUUCAGCCUUCAGGAUUCCCUAGGAUCUGAAGUGCUUUUAGGAUCAGACUUAAGGGCUGUUGGGUGGUAUUGGCCAUGGUAUGGGUCGUAGCUGAGGGAGCUGAUGCUCAGGAUCAGGUGUCACUUUGUUCCACCUUCUACCAGGGUAACUCAGUCACUUUUCUUAGAAUGCAGUGAACAAGUUUUAGUCUGGUGUGAGAGAUGACAGGAGAACUCUUCAGCUCCUGCUGAAGUCCUUUUACUCCGAGCAAUCCCACAUGCACAGUUAGCUUAUGAGUAAUGCUCAGAAUAUGUAUGUAUUAGUCUCCUGUAAGAAAAUAGAAUUCCCUGAUUGCUUUUUCAGCAAGGAAAUAUGAAAUUGAAAGCUGCCUUUGCUAGUUUGGGUGAGUAUGAUAAACUGAAAUAAUAUCUCUAGCUAAAAAAAUAAAACUUUGGAGCUGCCAAAUAUGAUCUAAGUAACAAAUUGGGCUCAGUUGACUUCGGGUCCCAUCUCCACCCAAGUAUCGGCAGGAAAACGUGAGCUGAACUCACUCUGUAAUUGCAGCAUUUUCAAAGGUCUCACCCAACCACAUCUAAACCAGAGAUUCUCAACCACCUCCCCUUCCCCCAUCACCACAUUUAAACCAGCAAAGCAUCUCUUAGAAGAUAAUACAACGGAUAAACUGAAAUCUAUAAGGUCUGCUUUUUUUCCUCUGAUGUAUUCCUUUUUCAAUUAAUUCCCAACUACAAAGACUCAAAACUCCAUCAGCUUCUCUACUUGCAAAGCAUAGUUGAUUUCAAGCUGUAACUUUUCUUAGCGUCAUUAAGACCUUUAGACAUUUACAGUAUUCUUUACAUACAUUAUAGAAGAUAAGUGUGCUAUGUUCUUUGGGUAAGGAAACUGCAGUAGUUCACGAAAGAGGAUUUGUUUUCAACUGCUGAGACAUUGAGACAUUAAGUCCCAGUGAUUAUUUCAACUAUUCAGUAUAUGCAGCUAUAUUUAACUUACAUUCUGGGUUUUAACUUUGCAAAAGAAAAUGUGUCCAUUGUAAUAAAUGUAUUUUGAUAAUGCACCAUGUUGUUUGUGUUAUGCAACACCCCAUAUGUUCUCAAUUAUGGCAACGAUAGUGCUUGAAAACUUCCAACAUCCAGUGUCAAACAGAUUGUCUGCAAUCAUUCCACAGGAGAACAAAAACACAAUACGGGAUGUCAAGUCAGGAGAACUAGGUUGUAUUUUCUUUUCAACUUUUACUUUCCCGGUGAACUUGGACAAGUCACUUUGACUCCAUGUACCUCCCUUUUCCCAGCUGUAAAAUGGGAAGAGUACGAUUAUUUACCCACCUCACAGGGGUGUUGUGAGGACGAGUUCAGAUUCAUGGAGUGCUUUCAUACUUGGAGCUGAAAAGCACUGUGUAAGUAUAAAGUGGUAUAUUAUAAACCAUUGUUAAAAUGUGUAGAAGAUGUAGAACAAGGUUGGCAAAAUAGCUGACAAAAAAUGUAGUUACCUUUUAAAGUCACGCAUAUUUUUCUCCAUUGUAUAAACUUAAUUCUCUAACUUCUGAACCUGUCUGCUGCACUGGGCCCCAUUCCAGUCUCUUCCCUCUCUCUCCCUGUUUCUUUUUGCGCAGCUCACAGAGAACUUGGGAAAACUCUUAAUAGCCAAAACGCCACCGAAUUAUUCAAAAACGGAUGUCUUAGCGACAGCCAGUCCUGAAAGGGUGAUCCAUGGGUUCACCUCACCCUUUGCAUAUGCUAGAAAGAGCCAUGGUUGCAUACCAGGAGUGGGAUUCAGUUGCCUAACAUGGGGUCUUAAAACAUCUGAGCCGCCUUAGGAUAUCCCCUGUGCCCUACAGCUGUUCUCCAGAAGGGCACAUAUUUCCCAUGGGUCUGGUAUUUUGUUUGCCAGCCCUUCACAGAUAUCUCAGAUGAAACCAUACAGUUGUUUAAGCCAGCACCACUGUCUGUGCAACCCAAUUGCUCUCAUUGCAGCGCCUGGAAGGGAGCUGGUUCCCACGGGCAGCACCGUAUUCCUUCUUUUUCCCAGUAUCUUAUUAAAGUCCACAAUCAGCUUCUGGAAAUUGUUUCAAGCCUGACACAGCGCCUUCUCAAGCCUCAAAAACUUUAAUGAAGCAUAGGGCUUCACCUUGCCCAACCAGCACCUCGAGGGCAGGAGCAGCAGCGUGGCCUCCGGGCUGCUCGCCCCAGCCUUUGCACCCACACACAGCCCUUCUGCAUUUUCUUCUCCUGCCUGCUGAACUCCCAUUCACACCUGAUUCACCCUUUACAGAUAUCACUGCUCCACUGAAGCUGCGGUUUUGAACACUGCGUGCAAAUUGUUCCGAUCCACUAUCACUUUUCUUCUGGCAGGCUAGUAUGGAGCAGCGGUGUGACACCGCAUGCUCCCGCUCAUUUCUGGAUUUGUGAAAAACCCCUGAGGAAAAUUAUUGAUCUUCAUUUCAGAGUGUAACAGGGUAAGGCGAUGAUCAGGUUGACCGUAUUGUGUUUCUGUGCAUUGCGUGCCCCCUGCCCUACGUGCCAACACUGGCCAGUGGAGUGAGAAGCAAAGCGCACGUAAGAGACAGUCCUGGGGCACCACGGUACCGCUAUCGGGAGCCGGUCGUGCCUGGAAAUCUCUGUCACUUGCUUUCAGAGAUUUUACAGUGUGCAUUUCAAUGAACAUGAGUCCUACCACUGCUUGUCGGCCACUACUGAAAAUGGAAAUCCUAUGGAGGAUAUGGGAAAUCCUCCUGAAAUACACAUCCCUGCCAGGUGAGGGUGGAUGCUUCCGGGCAAGGGUCAUCCGCAAAACUGGGCAAACAGGUUGUUGACAAUAAACGUAUUCUGCCAACGAGACAGAACAGAUAUGCUGCUGCAACUAAUUCAUCAGAAUAGGGCUGGCUGGUGUUUGGGCAUACACACAGAUGAGACUUCAUUGAGAUCAAUUCUGUUAUUAACUUAUGCUAACUUGAAAUGUUUUAUGUUUUUGUUGCACCUAACUUUAAUUAUAGAUAUACUUUAUAAAGAUGUAUGUAUACAUACAGUACUGUAUAUGCUGUAUAUAUUUAUAUAGCUUUUUAAUACUAUUACUAGUCAAAAUUUAGACUUUUUCAUAUGCAGUAUUGCAAAGAACGUCAUCACAAUACUGGCAUUUGGCUUCCUCCUUCAUUGCACAAAUGAUUUCUAGACGGCCUUUCAUUUCACAUACAAGUGACCCCCCACUCCCAACACAAUGCUUUUUAAGCAAGUGACCUUUUGGGACAAAUAUUGAACAAGCUGAUGGUUUAGGUUUUACAGAUAAAGAGUCUAUUUCAUCUGUUGAUACACGCAUGCUCAUACACACACAUUUCAGCAAUACAAUGCAUUGAAAAACCACCGGGUGUUAUGAUGGGGACAUAUCAUGGUAAGAAAUUAACUACUAACUCUGUCUUCCAGAACCUAAUUAAGGGAAUGUAUUUUGCAAUAAUACAGCUCUAGCAAACAGGGCUCUAAAGUCCAGGCUUAGAGCUGUAAGCCAGGCACUCCUGCAUUAUGUAUGUUUGAUUUUCAUAGAUAGCCUGCUGUAAAGUGUGCCCUGUUAGUGCAUCUUUCAGGCUCAAAGACACUGGCCUUGUUAAUAUUUCAUUUAGUACAUACUGUAGAGUCUCAUUUAUAUUACUUCUAUAAUUAAUAGUGAUAGCUUAGGCACUGCCUUUACAAGGAGAGAUCCCUGUAUGUUGGUCGACAGAUAAUGAGAAACAAUAGAUAUUUCAUUCACCAGCAGCUUGUUGCUAGUUAGUAGGAAAUUAUCGUGUGUACUGUUGCUUUAAUUGCCAGGGUGAAUAACGCUGCCGCUGUGUUAGUGAACAUUUUAAAGCACUUGAUGCAAAUAGACUAGAAACAAAACACAAAAAAAUUUACCUUUAUUAUGCUAUACCUUAGCAUAGGGAGUUAAAAAGGUAUGUCUUAAAACAUUUGCGUUCUAUCAUGCAAAUAUAUCUUAAUAUGCAUGUGCUGACUAUUCAACUACUGUAUUUUAGGAAAUACAAUUAUGCUGCCUUUCUCUUCGCCUAUGUAGACUGUAAAUAACUGUAGAUCUUUCUCUUGUUUUCCUAUGUAAAUAUAUGUAAAUACUAACAACCUAUGCAUGCUGAUAUUCUAGGCGAUUUCAGGUACUUUUAUAAUCUGAAGGCAUGUACUUGAACUGGUUUGUUAAAAAAAGAAAAUUCAACUCUCUCAAACCCUUUUAAGCUCAUUAGAAAUUAAAGAUUUCUUACUAGA